UUUAAACCGUUGAACAUUGAAAAACCAAGAAGGGAACUACAGCUUUCGUCAAACAAACGAAUAAGAACGAACGCGAAGAAACAAUCGUUUGAAUCUAUUUAUUGUCUAUUUUUAAUUUUGUUUGCCGGUACCUAUCUAUACAAGGUUUAAAUUGCGCAGAACUAAGACUAAACGUUUAUGUUGUUCUUGUAAUAAUUAAUGUAAAUGCCGGCUUUUUGUUAAAGAAUCAUAUCGACGAUUAAAGAUCAUAUUAAUGAAGCGUUAAAUUGAAUUUAUUUCUUUCGGAUGAUAAUAACGAUUAAUAUAACAAAAAACAAUUAAAAGAAAAAGAAAUUACCUAAGGUCCCCUACGACGGACAAUUCGUUGUGCAAUAAAUUAUAUUAAAUUAAAUUAAAUUAAGUUAAAUACAUAUUUCAAAUGUCGUCGUUUAGGAACACAUUUUGGAUCCUAAGAUGGGCCUAUGGAAUGAUUACAUUAGCGCUGUUUAAUUUUGUAGUUAUUUUAAAAAAAUGUUUAUUCAUCAAGAGUAAAAGCGCCCAACAACAACUCGACAAUGAACGUUUUUGUCCAGCUCAACAAAACACAGCACAUGCACAGCCUUUUGAAAAGCAACACGCGACCAUACCUAGGGUAAAAGGGUUGCCGAUAUUUGGGACAUUUUUUGAAUUUUUAGCAGCCGGUGCCGCACCGCAAUUGCACAACUACAUCGAUAAGCGUCACCGUCAAUACGGCUGCAUAUUUCACGAACGGCUGGGUGGCACUCAGGAUGCUAUUUUUGUCUCAUCUGCAAAUCUAAUGAGAGCUGUAUUUUUGCAUGAAGGUCAACAUCCGGAGCAUCCCCUACCAGAGGCAUGGAUUUUGUAUAAUAAACACUAUAACUGUCAGAGGGGAUUGUUCUUCAUGGAAGGCGAAGAAUGGUUGCACAAUCGUCGCAUACUCAAUCGGCUUCUAUUGAACGGCAGUUUCAAUUGGAUCGAUUUAAAUGUACAAAUUUGUACCGAGAAGCUUAUUAACAAGUGGCGAACUGAAUGUGAGUCACGUACAUCCCUCGGCUAUGAAGUCAAGCACUUAGAAGAUGAACUGUAUCGUUGGUCUAUAAAUGUAAUAAUUUCUGUAAUGUUUGGGAAUUCCUAUUUAUAUGAUGCUAGCCUGCAAUUGGCUUUAGAAAACUUUUCGAAAGUUGUUCAUAAAAUAUUUGAAAAUAGUUCAGCUUUAAUGAAUUUUCCUCCAAAAUUGGCGAAACUUUUAAAUUUACGAUUAUGGUCGGAAUUCGAAGCAAAUGUUACUAAAGUUCUGCAGCAAGGCAACGAUAUUAUUGAUGAAUUUAUGAAGCAAUCAACAAAUGAAGAUGAUGGACUAUAUGCCAAGCUUAAGGAAGCCGAAGUGCCAUUGUUGGUUAUUAAACGUAUCUUUGUUGAUUUAGUGAUAGCGGCUGGUGAUACCACUGCUUUUUCCAGCGUGUGGGCUUUGUAUUUAUUAUCGAAAGAUCACGAAUUGCCGCAAAAACUUUUGGAAGAGUAUUAUGCUUUAGAUAAUUACAGUUCGCCAUUAGUUCAUGGUUUUAUUAAGGAAACUUUGCGUUUGUAUCCUGUGGCACCAUUUAUAGGUCGAUAUAUGCCCCGUGAUGUUUUAAUUGGUGGCUAUCACAUUAAGAAAAAAUCACUGGUCUUACUGUCGCUCUACACAGCUGGUCGCGAUUCAAAGCACUUUCCUGAUCCUCUGACAGUUAUGCCAGAACGUUGGAUAUUCAACGAGAGUACCGGUCAACUGCAGUCGGUGUUACAAGCCCAUGGAACUCUACCGUUUGCCAUUGGCAAUCGUUCAUGUAUAGGUCGCAAAAUAGCAAUUAGUCAAAUGCACCACUUAAUCAAAGAGGUGGUAAAAACAUUUCAUUUAAGUUGUUUAAAUUCUACACCAAUUGAACCUGUUUUACGGCUGGUCACCGUACCUAAUCAACCUUUAAAAUUAUUGUUAAAUAUGCGUAAUCAUGCCUAACAAAGCUUUCAUAUUUUUUUCCCAAGAAAGCUCUGUAGACCUGUUAAAGCCAGUAGUAUAAUUGAUAACUAAAAAUAAACGCAAACCAUUUGACUA